AUGCCGGAUAACAUGGCGCUUCCACGAUGUUGUAUCCAUUUUAAAGACGGAAACGGACCCCUGACACCAUUUACAAGUGUUUCGUUUGAAAAAUUUCGGCACUGUCAUGAGAUCUGGAUAGAUUUGGAUGGGCAGCAGAGACAAGUAGCAGAGAAAUCAAAGGGUGUUUUACAGGAUGUCGACGACAAGUCUUCAGCGGUUGGGAAUUUUUAUUACCAUAGAAGCUGUUAUUCAAAGUUUACAAAUCUUACAAAUAUCAAACGUUCUCAAGCCCGAUGUGCUAAAAUUAUGGCGAACAGAUCCGUAGAAAAUCAACAAGACACAAUCAGUACAGAACCAACUUGUAGCCCACCCCCCAAAAAGAUGCUGAGGUCUUCAAUGCCAAGUACGUCCACAACAUCGCAAUCCAGCUCUAUACUCCCACCAGCAUGCAUUAUUUGUAAUAAGGAUGAAAUUUAUAUCACUGAUACGGUAAGUGAUCAUUACAUAUUUUCAGUCUAUAUCAGAGCCACUGACAUAGGGUAUAUAGCAGGGCAUAUAAAUGUUUUGUCAUUUGAAGGGGGACAUUAAGUACCUAAUUGUUACACUGGACGUCACAUAUAGUGAUAGAUUAUUCAAAUUAAAAUUUUAAAAAUGUACUGAAGAAUUAACAAAUUCUCAAUCACUUCUUACGUCAUUGGCUUACGUCGUUUUAAGAAAAACGCAAAAGCUUAUUUCUUUCUGUAUUGAACCAUAUUAUACUAUCUAUGCUAUGAUAAAUUUCACAAACAUGUCAAAUGUUUUCUGCAGCCGCACCCUUUUAACUCAUAAGUUCAUUGUAUUGUUAUCACUCAACAGUAUACCCAAAAACGCAAAUUGGGCCAGCUGAUCUCAGCGGAAACAAUCGACGGUGGGAAGCUCAGAGAAGCUGCGACGAGAAAGAACGACCAGCGGAUUCUUAUCCAUAUAUUGGACAAAGAUUGUGUCGCCGUUGAGGUGAAGUAUCACAAAUGUUGCUAUCAAAAAUACACAUCGUUCUUGAACCAUCCAGAAACCAACGAUUCAGCCAUAGAAAAUACAAUGUACUGCAAGUCGUUUAAUAAGUUUUGCACCAUCGUAAAAGAACAAGUCAUUGAUAACCAUGGCAUUUGGUAUAUGAUUAGACUCAAAACCGAAUUUGUCAAUACAGUGAGAAAAGAAGAAAAUCAAGAUGCUUCAAGUUAUGCAACAUUUCGAUUGAGAAACAGGCUGAAGAAACGAUUUCCUCAAUUAGUAUUCCAUACACCAAAGGUACGAAACAAAAAUGAAUUUGUCUACGUUGAAGACUUAAGUCGGGAAAGUGUGGUAGAGAGGCUGUUGACUACAAAGAGUGACAGUCAAUCAGAUACUUCAGAUGAUGAAGAAGACGACGAAGAUGAGCCCAAGCAAUGUGAACAGACAUCCAACAAGACUAAGAGGACGAUAGAACUGAAAGAUUUGUACGUAGUCGCACUUGCACUAAGGCAAAACAUUCUAGAAUAUUGCUCGUCAUGGUAUGAGAAUUGGCCUCCUCUUGCUUCUGACAUCACUGGAGAAAGCGUUAUGAAAGUGGUAUCCCCUCUUCUAUAUAAUUUUGUGGCGUGGUUACUUGGAUACUCCGAGGAGCCACAGGUCUCAAGCUACGUGGAUAUGAACGAAGAAUAUGCAGUUAAAGUGUACUCCAUGUGUCAAGACUUGGUUUAUAAUGCCAACAAGGGUAGAACUCAAACUCCAAAGUCCUUGGCACUGGCAAUGGCAGUAAGACAAAUUUCUGGAUGUUCAGGUUUGAUUCAUAUUUUGAAUGGUCUAGGACAUUGUGUUUCUUUGUCGUCAACAAUGGCAUACGACUCUGCCAUCGCGCAACUUGUCAUCGAAACAUCUGACAUUGUUCCAAGAGAAUUUGUCGCAGGUCAAUCGAUUAACUUAGUGUAUGAUAACAUCGAUUUUGGCGAAGAAGUCAAGAAACAGACACAUGUAACAAAUGGUAUAAUUACUCAGAAAGUUUCACACAGCCAUCAAAUUACUUCUGAAAGAGAAACAGUGAACAUACAAAAGUCGCAGCGUACAGUACAAGUGCCGGAACAAAAUAUAAUACCAUUCAGCAUUGGGAAUAAGAAGACACCAAGAUUUAAUAUUGAAAUAGAACAGGUUACUGGUAAUGUCAUGGUUCAAACAGCUGCAUCAGAGGCCGCGCAACUUCUCGAUCUGACGUAUGUACUGCUGAAAAUGGUGCCUUCAGAUGACUUGCCUGUACUUCCUAGAUGGACAGGUUUUAAUACCCUCCUGCGCAAAGAUAACAUCCCAAGUAUCUCAAGAGUUGGCUAUCUCCCUGUCAUCGACGCGUCUCCGACAGAGUAUUCCACCAUUAAUACGAUCCUUAAAAGAAGCACCAAGAUAGCAGACCAGCUGCAGCUUCAGUACGCGACUCUGGUAUUUGACGAGGCUGUCUACGCCAAAAUCCAGCAUGUACGAUGGAAAAAUGACACCUACUACGACCGUUUCAUAGUACGUCUUGGAGAAUUCCAUGCAAUAAUGUCAUUCCUGUCAGCAAUAUCUAAGAUCUUUGAAGAUGGAGGGCUAAAGGCAAGUUAAAACUCAUUUUUGUCAUUUAUUUCAAGGAUUUUAAAAUACUUAAAAGCAUUCUGCUGCGCAAUUAUCUUGAAAUAUCUCUUCGAGAUAUAUUUUCCUGUGCAGGAAAUUCAAAAGAUCAUAUAAUAAAAUUCAUUGUAUAUAAACAAUCACUAAAUGGUUUUUAAUUUAUUUUACAGGAUGUUUUUAUCGAGUCUGGAAUAGUGAGUGAGGGCUCCAUAAAGGGUGUUAUGUCAGGCAAACACUAUAACCGCUCCCUGCUUUGUCACAAGACUAUGUACGAAGCUCUGCAAAGACUACGAUUUGAAGAAUUUCUAGACACGCUAGACGACGAAAGCCAAGAAGACAUCUCAUCGUUUGUUGAAACCAUGAAAAAAGCGUUUGAAGAGGAUCAACUACGCGAAUAUAUCAAUAGUGAACAAAUGGAACAGCUAUGUGAGCGUUACGAAGCCUUUAUUGUCGAGUCAUCAGCUAGAUCACUUACCUUUGCCUACUGGAGCAUGUACAUUCAAAUGACUGGUAAUUAAUUGGCUUACAGUAUUACAAAUGUAUCUGAAAUAAAAAAAGGUAUUUCAAAGGCUAAUUCUUUUUUUAUUUUUCUAGGCAUACUUCUGUUAUUCAUCCGAGCAACCAGAGAAGUGGAUUGGAACCUUCAUUUGUCAUCAUUUCGAUCAAUGAUCCCUUGGUUUUUUGCGUGCGAUAAAGUUAAUUACGCAAGAUAUGGCUCAGCGUAUUGGCUAGAGAUGAUUUCAUUAGAGAAAUCCCAUCCAG